UAUAAAUAUGACUGCCAGACAAGAAGAAUCUCCAAAAUCUAAAAAUAUACUUGUUGCUUUAAAGGCUUGUAUAUCAAAUAUAUUAAAUCCUUCUGAGAGCCCUUUGGCUUCAGCAGAAUGUAAUUUGGAGACUUUAGAAUACACAGAAGAGUUUGGUAUAUUUUUAACAUCUUUGACAAUGGAUAAGAGUGAAAAUUUAGGUUUUCGACAAUUAGCUGCGGUUAUCUUAAACCAGUACAUAGAAUCGCAUUGGACACCAUUAUCUGAUAAAUUUAGAGAACCAGAAGUAACUGAAGCUGCAAAGGCCCAAAUUAAAACAAUACUUCCUUGUGGUUUAAAUGACUCUGACAGCAAGAUGCGUACAUCAGUGGCUAAUGCAGUAGCUCAUAUAGCAUAUUGGGAUUGGCCUCAUAAUUGGCCAGAAUUAUUUAAUAUCUUAAGCCAUUGCUUGGCAGGAGAUGAUAAUAGUGUACAUGGGUCCAUGAAAGUGUUACUUGAAUUUACAAAAGAUGUCAAUCCUGAUAAUCUUCCUACUGUUGCACCAAUAAUAUUAUCUGAAGUUUAUAGAAUAUUUGACGCUAAUAAGAUUUACAGAUCAAAAACAAGAGCUCAAGCAGUGCAAAUUUAUGUUACUUUUUGUGAACAUAUUUUUAGUGCAUAUAGUUGCAAUAAUGUAUCUUAUUCAUUAUGUUUACCAACUAUUGCACAGUUUAUCGAGCGAUUUAUGCACUCCUUAGAAAAUGAGCAAACAGAUUGCUUCUUAAGAAUGCAGAUCAUGAAAGCAAUAUGGCUUUUAAAACGAUGGAUUCCACUAAAAAUAUUAGCGCCUUAUAUUAGUCGUAUGGUUUCUAGAGUUUGGAAUCUGUUUCAGCAAGCAACACAGGAUUAUCAUAAAAUGGUCAUCAAUGGUUUAUGUGUUCCUGAACCUGUUUAUGAUUUAGAUGGUGAACUGUUUAGUUAUGAAAAAUAUACAAUUUUGUAUUUGAGUUUCUUCAAGAGUUGCACACGGAAACGAAUUCCUCAACUUGAACCUAUUUUGCAAGAAUUAUUAACCUGCUUACUUAUUUUGAUAAAAAUCACAAAUCAACAAAGAGAUGAGUGGAUUAAAAAUCCAGAUUCUUAUCUUGAUGAAGAUUUUUUUGCAAAGCCAGAUCCAGUAGCUGUAAGGCAUAAGUCUCUUCUAUUAUUCAAGAACAUUUGCGAGGAGUACCAGAAGCAAUGUUUUGUUGUAUUGGGCCCUGUAUUGGUUCAGUUUGUGCAAGUCUCAGAACAAGAGAAAAAAUCAGGUGAAGAAAAUUGGUGGAAAGGUCAUGAGGCUACUAUGUAUGUAUUAGGAUGCAUAAAAAGUAUUUUGCACAAAAAUUAUUCAAAUAUAACUGAGCUAAACAUACCUGAAUUCACAAGAAAUGCAUUGAAUCAUUUAUGCCAUCCAAACUUGGAUUUUUUGGUUGGUCGAUGCUUAUGGUUGAGUGGAAAGUUUGUAGAAGCUCUUGCAAUGCAAGUCAUGAUGCGUUAUUUAGAAGUUUUACAAGGAAACAUCGAUUAUAGGAAAAAUGAUGUCAUAAAAAUUUUGGCAAUGGAGACAUUGAUCAGUUACUGUGAAAAUUUACCUUUGAAAAAUGAUGAUGUUGUGAGCUUAUUCUCAAAUUAUAUGCCUGAGUUCUAUAAUGGUUUAAUUGGAAUAUGCCAACAUUGCAAGUCAGCAGAGCUAUGUCUCUCUUUACAAGCAUUAAUAGCAUUGGUUAAUGUAACAUCAGUAAGUUCCAGAUGCCCAGAGCCAGUAGAACAAAAAGUUAUACCUCUACUUUUAGAAAUAUAUAACAAGCUUAAUAGUGACCCACAUGUUUUUAAUUUAGUUCUGGAAUUGAUAGGAAACUUAAUGAAAUCUCGCUAUGAGAAUGCAGUUACUUCUACAUUUGUUCCUCAUAUUGUCGAAAUAUUUCGCGCAGGAUCAACUACUGUAGAGAAUGUUCAACAAUGCAUUGCUUUAGAAGUUUUAAAAGUUAUAGUAAAAAAUUCAAAGUCUCCUUUGAAUGAUGCUUUAUUAAAAGUUGCAUUUCCUCAAGCUGUUGAAUGCAUCUUAUCCACAACUGAUCAUGCAACUCAACAAAGUGGAGGCGAGUGUUUACGUGCAUAUUUAUCGGUAUUUCCAAAUGAAGUAUGCAGUUUUAGAGAUGGUGAAGGCUUAGUUUAUUUUGUGAGAGUUGUAUCUCAGCUAUUAGAUCCCAAUACUUCAGAAAAAGCUGCCACUUCUGUUGGUCGCUUAGUUAUAACGUUAAUUAUGAAAGCUGGCAAUUUAUUGGGUGAACAAAUGGAUGUGAUUUUAAAAUCUGUUUUGAGUAAACUUCAGCGAGCACAAACUCUGAGUGUAGUAAUGAGCCUUGUAAUUAUUUUUGCUCAUUUAUUCCUGACGCAAAUGGAUGCAGUUAUUAAUUUUUUGUUAACUGUGCCGGGACCAAUGGGAAAGUCAGCUCUAGAUUAUGUGCUGACAGAAUGGUGUACAAGACAACACCUAUUUUAUGGGAUGUAUGAGAGAAAAGUUUGUGCUCUGGCAUUAUGCAAGCUUUUUGAAUAUAUUAUCAGUUCAAAUGAUACUCAAAUUACAAACAUCAAAGUUAGAGCUGACACUUUUGCUGCUAUUGAUGAGGAACCGAAGGAGAGCGAAGAAGUAUUUAUAGUUUUUAAAAUAUUCAAAUUACUUUUACUAGAGCUGUGGAAUCUUAUGGAAGGAGACCACACCGAUGAUGAACAAGGAGACGAUUACGAAAUCACUUUUGAAUCAAAUGAUGAAGAUACUGAUGAUUCGGAAGAUGAAACCAUUGAUGACUCAGAUUAUACCAAUGAACCAGUAUUUCAGAUUUGUAUGAGAAGCCAUUUAAAGGAUUUUAUUCGUACGUUUGCUAAGAGUCCCUCAUUCCCGCCUUUCGUUGAAUUUCUAGAUAAUGAAGAAAAAAAAAUCUUGCAAUUGUUUAUUACAGAUAAUUAA